UCGUCCCUCCUCAGUUCAGGAUGGAGCACCGGCUCGGCUUUCUGCAAGCGACUGAGCCUGUAAUGCACUAACUCAAUCCCCUCCCCCUCCCCUUCUCUGUGCCUGAUGACAGUCCGCCAGUGGGACUAGAGACUAGAGCACAGGGCAGGUACAAGAGAAACCAAGAUGAAGCAGGAGACCGGAGGACAGGAAGGAAGGAGAAGGAGGAGAGAGUGUGUGUGGAUUUUUCUUUUCGCAUGUCUAUCUAUGUAUAAUCAAUCCCCACGGCUGGGAAACCUACUUUUGUUUCCCUUUUCUCCCUUGAUAGUAUCUAUCUGUCUGUUCCUUUCUUUUCACCUCAUAUUGAUCCCAGGUGGUCCCUUUCGUUGCUUUGCCUCCACUUUUGCUUCUUGUCAACCCCUUCUUUUUGUGGUCUGUGUUUCUUUUCUGGGGAUUGCUUCUUGGUCUCCGGUUGCUUCGGGACUGAGUUCUAGCCAUCGUCGGUCUCAUUUCUCUCAUUCCUGUUUCCCAGCUGUAGGACCAAGUGACUGGCUCACCAUAAGCUCAGCAUUCCAUUCGUUGCCCGUCAACCUUUACAUUUCGGCUCAAGUAUUCGGGUUCCCGGCGACCGGCCAUUCCUCUCACCUUUCAGGAACCAGGGCUUGGUUGCCUGUGCGUCUUGGGUUGGGAAUCUGUACUGCGUGACAAAGCGAGUCUUGCAAGGACAAGGCGAGCGAAAGCCAGAAAACAACGCCAUUGUUGGUGAUCCCCUUCUUCUAGGUGGCUGCGAGAUCUUGUUCACUGCAUCAUCAGGGCUAUUCAUCCUCCAUAAGAUCUUGCAACAACCUGAUCUGGGUUGUCUGUCCAAUUGACUGGUCAAGAUUG